AUGGAGCUUGCACAUAGCUUAACUUUCAACGAAAAUGCUCAUAAAUCCAUGCCAACAGCUACUCGCGAUCUAUUUCUUUACGAAUGGUUAAAGUUUUUGGGAAAAGUGCUGCCAGGGUUGGAUAAGAAAGAAAUAAAGCAGUGUCAGGAGCGUUUAGAAAAACAGCUUCUAUCAUUGAUUUCUGUGCCCCAAAGUUCUGCUAUUCAGAAAUCUUUGGGAGAGACAGCAGCUUUGCUGUUCAAUGUUGGAGAGACGUUUGGGCUGUAUGCGUUCAUCGAGUCCUGCAACGAAAGACUCAGGGUAAAAGACGAUACUGUUAACAAUGUAAAAAUAAAGAUUUGUGUAAUUAACGUCUUCUUCGGGAUGUACGCAACUUUGGGCCGAAUGAUGGGCAAUACCUUUGCCGACACGAUACAGAUGCUACUCAGAAAUACUAAGUCAAACGAUGGAGAUCUCAGGUCGAGUAGUUUGCUUUGUCUAGGCGCAAUAAUGGCAAGUUUAGGAGCUAUGUGUACCUCCUAUCAUCGAGAUGUGUACAAAACUGCAAAGUCAUUUCACAGCGAUAAAAGCAUGAACGUGCGUAUCAGUGCAAUGAAACUUCUUGAAAGUUUGAUUCCAAACGCGUCUAAUGUAGUUUCCGCUGAUGUUGAAAACCUGGUCACAGUUUGCUGCAAGGCUCUUGAAAGUAGUAACUAUGACGUCCGCCUAGCAGUGUCAUCAGUCCUGUCUAGGUUGUUAGUCUCCAUGCUGCCGCCAUCCAAGACGAUGACAUUCAAUACAUUGUCAAAUGCACCUAUACCGAAACAAAUGACAUCAAAUCAGUCAACAAAAAAGCUUUCUACCGAAGACUGCUUUGGAAUUUUGGCAUCUUGUUUCUUUAAAGCAUCGAGCGCGUCAGUGCGAGUUGGAAUCGUCGAAAGUUACAUCGCAUUUUUCGAUGCUCUUGGGAAACACUGGGUUGAAAAACACGUUAAAUUUAUAGUGAACCACACUUUAACUCUGCUUGACAAUCCCAAAAUGCUGAGCUCUCACAUUGAAGCGGUGUACUGUAGACGCAGUGUAAACUUUAUUCUAAGCCAUGUGAUCAAUCAAAUCAUCGGCGAAAAAUCUCAAAAUGAAGCUGCGAAGGAGCUCAUUAAGAUUCUAGCUGGAAGAAUGCAACAUGUGAACGUUGAUGCAACCGAGCAAGUGGUUACCAUUACUCAACAUGUUAUCAUAUGCAUACUGAAUCAAGUUUCGUCGCUGGUCUCGCUGCAGGGCUCUUCGAUUUCGGUGUUCUUCACUGAACAUGCAACAGGUGCUGUGAAUACGGUAGUUUCGUCUUUGCUAUAUCCUGCUUCAGCUGUGAGCCUAGCAGCUGCGUGGUGUCUGAGGUGCAUUGUCAUAGCUGUUCCAGCUCAGCUUACAGUCCUGAUUGAUACUACUCAAGAAAAGAUCGAAGCUGCCAAAAACAACCCUGAGUCUCUAGUCGGGUACAGUAAUGCUUUGACUGCCAUCUUAGGAGCAGUACCUCUCGCGGAACUCGGAGUUCCCUCCAUAAAAGCGAAGAACGCUUUCUCAAUUGCUGAAGAUUUACUUCGAACUGCUUCUCAGAACAGUCGAAUGUCUCUUGCUAGAACCCAAUGUGGAUGGAUGAUUAUAGGCGCGUUGAUGAAUCUUGGAUCAAUCACAGUUCGUCAUUUUUUGUCAAAACUGUUGCUGCUGUGGAGAAAUGCGUUCCCAAGGUCAACUAAAGAAAUUGAAACUGAGAAAACGAAAUUUGACGUUUUCAACUGGCGAGUCGUUCUUGAGGGUCGCGCUGGAGCUUUAUGCGCGAUGGAAUCGUUUCUUCAAAACUGUUCAGAACUGGUAUCAGAUGACGUCACUAGAAGAAUGCUAGCUCCUUUAGAAUGUGCUUUAACGAUGCUAGCUAACCUUCCUGUCAAUGUGAAAGCGUCUGCUGCUCAGAACUUGAAAGUCAGCGCUGCUUUUUUCAGACUGCGGUUGUUUCUUGUCUUGGGUCAACUACCUCCGGAAUGUUAUGAAUCGUUUAUAACUCAGUUGAUAAGAGUUUUGAUAAAUGAGUUUGCUCUUACGGACAAGCAGUCAGCAAUCACGACGUCGUACUUGGAUCAAGUUGGACAUAAAUAUAACAGUAUAUUGCUAGGCGCCAACGGAACCGACAGCGAUCACCAGGAAAUUGAAGAGCAAAUGCUUCCCGUUAACAAUGCAAUUUCAUGUGGCACGCUAGAACAUGAUCCUGUGUCAAUUUACGCUGCUCGGAAAUUUCAAAAGUAUCGGUUUUCUUCACCAGGACCGUUGCCUCUUGGGAUAGCAGUCGUUGAUUCAAGUGUAAGCCUGUUCAGUAAGAUAUUCUGCGCUACUGCUGUGAAACAUCGAAUUAAAAUCAUGCAGCAUUUUGUCGAGUGUCUCAAAUUGAAUAAAUCGGUGAAGCAACAAUCGGUUCAAAUCAAUAUUUUGACUGUCUUGCUUUCGUGUUUGAAAACAAUGGCAGAAGGUAAAACACCAAUCGGAAGUCAAGAUCUUCAAGAGUUGAUUCUGACGCUACUGCUGUCGUUGCUCGGGGAUCCCUCCGAUAUCAUACGUUGUGCGUCAGCUGAAUGUGUUGGUCGUUUAGCCCAAGUUAUAGCUGAUAAUACCUUCACAGCUAGAAUAAGUCAGUCAUGCUUUGACAAAAUUCAACUCUCGAGAGAUCCAACGAUUCGAAUGGGCAAUGCAUUAACGUUAGGGUUCGUCCACAGAUAUGUAGGAGGUAUAGGCGCUGGGCAGCAUUUAAGCACAAGUAUCAGUAUAUGUCUGGCACUUGCCCAAGAUAUGAGUAAUACUUCGGUUCAAGUUUGGGCGUUGCACUCGCUGGCACUGAUAACAGAUUCUGGAGGAGUGAUGAUUCGAUCCUACGUCGAGCAUAUCUUGGCACUGAUGAUCAAUCUUCUAAUGACGGUUCCAAGUUCGGCCAAAGAUAUCCACCGGUAUAUUGGAAAAUGCGUCGUAUCGUUGAUAACUAUUCUAGGACCCGAAUUACAGGGUAAUGCACCUCAGAUUUCAAGUAUCCGAUCAUCGUGUCAACUUGCAAGUGACUUCCUACUUGGAAGUACUAACUUGCUGGUUAUUGCAGAGGGGAUCUCAUGUUAUCAGCAGCUGCACCUGUUCACACCAAGACACGCCGCUCUGAAUUCUUUAGUGAAUCUGGUUUGUAAGAAUCUAACGAGCAGCUGUUUGGUUCUAAGACAAGUCUCGUGUAGUUGUUUGAAACAGUUAUCACAGAGACAAGCCGACCAAGUAUCUCAAUUAGCAGCUGCUUAUUUUGCAGAAACACGGGAGCCUGCUAGUGCGGGCGACACGUACUCUAGUGAGUUGGAGUUGGAAGCUGCUUUGUUUACGAUGUUGGAUAAGGAAGCGGAUUUGACGAUGCAGAAUAACGUAAAGGACACUAUUCUGAUGAUUCUGAACUCGCAGGCCAUUUACAAAUUGACAGGUUGGCUUACUCUACUGAGAAACGUACUGUUCAUAGCCACGGGCGAAGAGGCAACGGAACAAGAGCCGAAAGGCAACGAAGAAGACGAGGAUGAUGACACCAGUUUCCAGCCCGUGAACAAAGAAACGAGCACCACUUUACACCAGAGGUGCAAUACAAGAGCGUUCGCCGUGCAAUGCGUGCAAAAAAUAUUCACACUCGCAUCACCGACAAACGACGUGAACAGUAAAGCAAGUGAGAUAGCCAAUGCUUUGUCACAUCAAUCUCCUGAUGGAUCUUUGCUAAGCGAAGCAAUGUUAAGUCAAGACGGUGUGGAUCCUUUAGUGACUCAUAUUCAAGAACUAGUACGUAUUGGUUUCAUGGCUGCAACAUCAUCAUACGACCAUCUGCAAAUCGAAGGUCUGAAAGUUCUAGAAGAACUCAUUAAAAGAUUCAGUGAUGCUAGGGAUCCGGACUUCGAUGAUCAACCGCUAUUGGAACAAUACCAAGCUCAAUUCGGAGCGGCUUUGAGACCUGCAUUUUUACGCGAGGGAUCGCCGCAUGUUUUAUCAAAAGCAUGUAAUUUAUGUAGUAUUUGGAUCACAAGUGGAAUCGCAACUGAUAUUGUAGACCUUCGAAGAAUCCAUCAAUUGUUGGUGACUUCUCUCUCAAAAGCACAGAAUGCGCGGUCCUCGGGAGCGGGAGCUGUCUUCAGUGAAGUAUCAGCAACAAGUGAAAGACUAGCUGUUUUGAAAGCAUGGGCUGAUAUGUAUUACGUAGCUCUGGGCAUCGAGCUGAAGAAAAACGGCGAAAAUAGUGAACAAAGUGGAAGUACCUCUUCAAGUUUGCUAGAAUUGGUCAGACCUGAAUUAUCGAAUCUAUACUCGAUGUGGAUCGAAGCGCUCAAAGAGUAUGGUCUUGCGUUGUCGCAUGGAAAUGUAGUAGUUAGCGACGAAGUUCCGAUUACAGUUCGCGAGGCAAGUUGGGGGAAUUUACUCUCAAGUGCAACUUUGUAUUUCACCGCACAUAUGUUACCAAAAGCGGUUCAAGAUGGAAAAAUUGUGAAACGCGAAACAGAUGAUAAAACUUACUUUCUAGAUAGUGAUUUGAUAAAUGAUAUUCACCUUUUAAUGGGCCUUUCAAGUGUUCCAUUAUCCCAAUCAGCAGUUCUUCAGGAUCCCCUGAAGAUCUCAUUUUGUCUCAAGUCGUUGGUGAAGCUUUUAGAGCAACCUCAAGUUGCGAUUUACGUUGCAUCAAAUGAAACUGAUUCAAAAGUAGUAGAACUAGCUCAGAUUUUGUUCAAAGUUGCAUUGUCUUGUGGAGACAUUGAAGUUUUAGACCUUCUUGUGCAAUCGGUGAAAGCACUUUCGAAAUGCGCGCUAUUGAAUGAAAGUAUUAAAGCCACUUGUAAUUUAGACGAUGGAAGCUUGAUGAAGGUUCUUCUUGAAAUUCUAUCGUGCGUUUUCACGCGACAUGUGCCGAGCUUGCGUGAAACGUUAACAGUGUCUAAUAUCCGACCGGUCAAAAAAUUUAAAGACCCGUCGGCAAAAUUAGUUGCAGCAACUUGUGAAAUUUGGCCUAAUAUGUUAAGUUUAUCGCAUCCAAAGCAUGAAGUAGCAUUGAAAACAGCAAGUUUGCAUAUGCUUAUAUGUGCGCUGAAAGAAUCUUGCACGACUAAUUGUUCUGCUAAUGCAUUAAGUGCACUAUUGCAUUGUAUCAAAUCAAUUGCAACAUCGGAGCUCACUUUCGAAGAAAAAACAGAUGAAGAAACUGAAACCGAAAAUACUGAGGAAAAAAGUGGACAUGAAACAAAAACUGAGGAGGACCGAGAAAUGAAGGUUAAAAUGUGGACCAAAGUGUUGACCUCUACUUACCUUUCGGUUCUGGACUUUGCUGAAAAUUCAGAGGAGUGCGAUCCGAGUCGUUGCUUGCUCUCAUUCGCGACUCUAACCCUCUCGUUCCCCGAGAAGAUUACAGUGAACUCCAUUAUUUUAGAACGCAGUGUUGCUUUUCUAACGCCACUUUUGAAGAGUAACAGAAGUGCGGUUAAGUUACAACAUCUGAAAGUGAUCUCAUCUCUAUUGAGGUCAAAUAAAAAAGUUGUGGCUAUUAAGUUUUGCAAGCCUAUUUUGUCCAGUGUUUUUGCGGAGCUAUUGGAAAUUGGGGAAGAAAAUCCAGACCAUUGGCUUUGCUUGAAGGAAGAAAUAGAACUACUAAUCUUAGGUUUGCCACUUAUAUCAGAAGUGAUCAAUGGGUCUGCUAACGUUGCGCAUGAAUCUAUGUUGUAUCACUUACUUAAAGUGCUUAGUAAAAUCAUGGGCGUGUAUAACAACCAGAGCCAGUUAUACCUCUACUGCAUUGAAACGUUGAAACGACUUAGCGCUGCUUAUUCUGAACAAAUAAGAUCAAUUUUUGCGAAAGAUCCGGAAUUGAAAGAAAGUGUCGGAACGGCUGUCAAACGCACUGUUGCUGUAGGUUUCUCUCCAGAUUCAGCGAAAAGCAAAGCGGAUCAACCAGCGAGCCAAGCGGCAAAACAACCUUCGAUUCAAUUGAAAGUCGAUUUCAGCAAUUUUGGCAAAUGAAUGUAAAUUGAAUUCUGAAUUGAUGUUAAUUAUAUCUUUACCAAUUUUAAAACAUGUACAUUUUGGACGUCUAAUGAAAAGAAGAUAGUCUCUCAAUAUUUUUGUUGUAU